CUGCGACGAUUGUGCAAUGGGACACUCUACCGCUAGGUGGCGCUUUUGCCCUAUCAUCGGUUAUCAUCAUCAUCAUGGCGACGGUGGAAGACGUGUUGGAAAGUGUGAAUCGAAGCCAGGCCUCUAAAUACAAAACCAUAGAGGUACAAAAAGAUGUUGAACCACAAUUGGACUUGGGAAACCUCCUUACAGUUGACCAAAAUCCGUUGGAACUGAAGAAGUUUAGAGCUGACAAGGAGGCAUACCUGAAGUCCCAGGCCAGAGACAACACCCAGCUGUUGUUUAAUGCCAUCUGGAAGCUGCCCACAGAGAGGGUGGAGGAGGCCAUCUGUGUCAAGCUCCCUGAAACAACCACUGUUCUUCCAAGAGAAAAACCUAUUCCUAAGGUCAAACCUCCAACUCGAUGGGAGCAGUACGCCCAGCUGAAGGGCAUACAGAAGAGAAAGAAGGGCAGGAUGGUCUGGGACGAGGAAAUCAAGGAAUGGCGACCCAGGUGGGGUUACAAGAGAGCCAAUGAUGAGACAAAAGACUGGGUUAUUGAAGUUCCUGGUAAUGCAGACCCAAACGAGGACCAGUUUGAGAAGAGAAUGAAGGCUAAGAAAGAGCGAGUAGCCAAGAACGAGCUGCAGAGACUGCGCAACAUCGCCAGGGCAACCAGGUCUAAAGUGCCAGGAGUUGGACUCACACCCACCGAAAAACCUUCCAAGGAAGAAGUAGGACUAGCCCUCCAUCUAGCCAAGAAGUCCACAGCAUCACUUGGGAAGUUCACUGAGAAACUGCCAAAGGAAAAAGAAGCAAAACAUGUGGGAAAGAAGAGAAAGUUCGAGCCAGCCAUUGGUGAUUUCAAGAAGGAGAAGGAACAACAGCUGAACAUCAUCGAUGUUAUGGAGAAUAAGAAACCCAAACUGGACAUUACAAAGGCUGUCAACAGGGUGAUUAGCCAACAAGAACAAGAGCCUUCAGAUGAGAGGAGAAAACGAGGUGUAAAAGUGAAGAACAGGCGAGGGCCUCCCCGAAAAAAAGGAUCCGGAGGUUUUGGGAAAAAGGGGAAAGCUGGAAAAGGGAAGGGGGCUAAAGGAAUGGGAGGGAAGGGGAAAGGAAAGAUGGGGAAAGGGAAGGGAAAAAGCAGAUAGUCUUAUUUGAUAAUAAGUCUCCUAAUGUUUCAGUUUAUCAGUAGGAUUACAGAUUUUAAUUUCCUUUGAAAUAAGACCCAAUUGAAUCACAAAGGCUUCAUAAAGAUUUGCCUUUAUUUACUGCCAUAAAGACUUUCACAGAAUAUGAGAUGUCUGUCAACAAUACAUGACUAGAAAGGUCUGGUUUGUACCCAUUAUUGCUUCACAAUGUAACUGACAUUGACAGAGAAGUACAAUGUAUUCGCUCUGAUUAUAAAUAGAUAUUCAUUCUAUCAUUGGCACAAAUGUCACACCACAUAUACAUAACAUCUACUCAAUGAUAAGAUAUAGUUAAGACAUGAUUUGUACCCUGGAAUAAUCUAGUAUUGACAUAACAGUUGUUUUUGCAACAAGACUCUGUCUCCUGUCAUUGUCCUCUCCAAAGCUACAUUAUUUGUUCCCAUGCAGUACAAGUAUAGAACUUUUAGUUGCCAGUUUGUUGUAUGUCAGAUGAUUCCUGGAGGAAAAGAGAAUAUAAUACUAGUAUACAGAAAACACAAAAUAUUGAUAAUUUUUGUAUUUCAUCCUAUGGUUACUAACCUACCAAUAAUUCUUGAAUAAAAAACAUAACACAUGUUAA